UCCCCAAGUCGAGGAGGCCACUCCAGCAAGGUCCAAAAUCCAAACCCCGAUAGCCGCCGUCUUCGCCGGCGAGCAGCCGCCCACCCACCCAUCCCGCGUCACCGAUGGCGGCCGCGCGGGGCGCCGCCUUGUCACGGCCCACCAUCCUCCUCCUCCAGCAGCACCACCGCAGCCUCCACCAGGUUCCAGCCGUCGGGGGAGGCUUGCUGAGGGUGGGCGCCGGACGACGACGGGUCCGGGCCGCAGGGGUUAGGGUUCGCGCGCGCUACUCCUCCUCCUCCCCCUCCCAGGCCCAACCCCAGGACUUCCCCAGUCGCCUCCAAGAUAGAGCUGGUGAAUUGCCUAAAUUGGUCGAGGAUCUUCUCCAGACGUCGAUUAGCACGGGGCCUCGAGGUGCCUUUAGGAUGGCGCAAGGGAUCCAGGCUGUCCUUGGGGUUGGUGGGGAGUGGCUAAAUGACUUCUCAAAGACAGCUAACACAUCAGCCGGAAUUCCAGCUCAGAUGCGGCUUGGUUUGCUUUCUCCUCUUUACCUCAGAAGGCUUUUUGAACGCAUGGGUGCAACUUAUAUCAAGCUUGGUCAGUUCAUAGCGUCUGCACCAACUUUCUUCCCUGCAGAAUAUGUUGAAGAAUUCCAGAACUGCUUUGACCGAGCACCAGCUGUUCCAUAUAGUGAGAUUGAGUCAAUAUUGCGUGAGGAGUUGCAGCGGCCAUUGGAUAGUGUAUAUGAAUACAUCGAUCCCGUGCCAAUAGCCUCUGCUUCAAUAGCACAGGUUCAUGCGGCUAGGUUGAAGAGCUCUCAGAAGGAUGUGGUCAUUAAAGUCUUAAAGCCUGGUAUUGAAGAUACUUUGGUUGCCGAUCUGAAUUUUAUCUAUGUCGUUGCACGUGUUUUGGAGUUUUUAAACCCUGAAUUAGAGAGGACAUCACUGGUAGCUAUCAUCAAAGAUAUAAAGGAAUCGAUGCUUGAAGAAGUUGAUUUUAGAAAAGAGGCUGUAAAUAUCGAGGCUUUCCAGAGAUACCUAGAAGCAAUGGGAUUUGAUAGGCAGGCCAAAGCUCCAUUUGUGUAUCAACACUGUAGCACAAAGCGUGUCUUAACUUUGGAAAGAUUGUAUGGAGUUCCGCUCACUGACCUUGAUUCUAUAAGGUCUCUUGUUCCUGAUCCUGAGUUGACUUUAGUUACUGCACUCAAUGUCUGGUUUGGAAGCUUGAUCUCGUGUGAAUCCUUCCAUGCUGAUGUGCAUGCAGGAAACCUAUGGUUGCUUCGUGAUGGACGUGUUGGAUUUAUUGAUUUUGGAAUUGUUGGUAGAAUAUCCCCAAGGACUUGGGCUGCUAUGGAGAUCUUUCUGGCUUCUUUCGCGACGGAGGAUUACAAUGCUAUGGCAUCCGCCCUUUCUGAAAUGGGAGCUACAGGGACUGAUAUAGAUGUUGACUCUUUUGCAAGGGACUUACAAAAGAUAUUCUCAUCAAUACAGGAGUUGGAUACUGAAAUCAUAGUCGCAACAGCAAGAGGUUCUGACGCUACAGCUGUAUCUGCUAAUGUUGUUGUAGACGAGAGGCAGAUGAAUGCACUGUUUCUUGAUCUGGUGAGGGUCAGUGAGUCGUAUGGGCUGAAAUUUCCCCGGGAGUUUGCUCUUCUCAUGAAGCAGCUUCUGUAUUUCGACCGGUACACAAGACUGCUGGCUCCCAGCAUGAACAUGCUGCGGGAUGAGAGGAUUAACAUCACCACGAACCAGCAGACCAGAAGAAUGGACUGAACAUUCCAGUGUCCAUCAUUUGAGGAUAGCUCUAAUACAGGGACAUGUAUACAAGCUAGAAUUUGUAUAAAUUCUUAAAACCAGCAUAGAAGUGAAUCACGUACAAGAAAACCUUGUACCAAUUGCUCCUGUUAGUAGUGGAACUCGGGCAAUUGAUACUGCCAGUUUGGGAAAAUGUAAAGCUGUACGUUGAUAUGAUGUUAAUUGAAGUAAAACUGGCUAGAGUGAACUGUUGAUGUCCUA